CGAAUUUAGUAUGGAUCAUUGACAUAUUUUCUUGCCAUGUGUCCGUUCGUCCUAUAAAAGACAGUGCCAGGAUCGUGGCGGACAGUAUACUUUUAAGUGGUCGCUUGUUAACUAUAGUAACAAAAAUUAAGAAUAAAAAUGAGAUUGUACUUAGUGGCUUUCUUUGUGCUGGGGGCGUGCGCAGUUUCCCUAGCUGUUGAAAAUGGACCCCUGAUGACUGCUCUACGGCCUGUCCAAAGGCCGAAAAGACAUGUCGCCUUAUUGGGAGCCGGAGCUGGUCUUCUUGGAGCAGGUUUGGCAGCCGGUGCUGUAGGCCUGGGAGCUGGUGUGAUUGGAGCUAAGGCUGGUUUGGUGGGAGGAGCCAUCGCUGCAUCCGCUCUCCGUGGCAGGAGUUACGGAGGCUACGGAGGAUAUGGAGGCUACAGUGGUUAUGGGGGCCAUGGAGGGUACAGUGGUUACGGAGGCUACAGCGGUUAUGGAGGGUAUGGUCAUGGAUACGGAGGCGGAUAUGGAUACGGAGGAUAUGCUCCAAGCUACGGACACGUUUAUGACGGAGGUUACAGAUCAUACUAUCCAACAACCUCUUACAUAGUGUCAGACCCGUGGUGUUAAAACAAAGACUUUUAGUUGUAUUGAAAUAUUUUUGAUGGCAGCAAGUGUGUAGUGUAUUUGACUGAAUCGUACAAAUGUUAUUUAUAACGUGAGAAAAUAAAACAUGCGAUUGUUUAAA